AUGAAACAUCCAGCCCUCAAUUACGACCCUGAAGAUGCCAACGGGGCAGACCAAAUGCCCAACAGGGCAGAUGCGCCCCUCUUCAUGCUGGUUCAUCAGGAAAACAUGCCGUUUAGGCCAAACCCUUACGGGUACCGACUGUUUGAUUACAUGACUUCGGUGAUUCAAAUUGGACUGCUCGAACCGACAACCGUUCUUGUACGAAGUCAAGAGUCUAAGAACUUAUUCCGCAUGCACGAACAGCUCUUCGAGAUAACGUUUAUCUAUAUACCUCUCGCCUACAACUUUCUUCCAGGGAUAAGCGAACCAGUCUACACAUUCCACAUUGGCUCCGACCUCACCGUGGCGCGUUUUGUCAAGUGGGUUUACUAUAACGAGUACCCCGUACAUCUCGAUCUUGACAGCCCUGCAAAGACCAGAAUGCCCACUUCAAGAUACAGCAGGCUAGACGAGUAUCUUCUACAACUUGCUCGCCCUCGUGUUUCAUCUCUGACUUCCGCAAUAAACAUUGCUGUUGACAGGGAGCCUAUUCCCUACGGCGAAGGAGAGCCAGUUGUGUACAGUGAAGCCCAGGAAGAGUCUAUCACCGACACCUACCCCUUCGUGGCUCAUCUGCGCGUGUACAUAUUUGCCACUCAACAAGGGCUUCCCUUGUUACAAUUGCACGCGUUCAAGAUGGCAGAGAAAUGCUGCGAGGAUGCUCGAACGCUGCAAAUGAGAGUCGACCGACAGACGCUCAUCCGGAAUUGUAUUAAUAACCUGACUAUAUUCAUUCGUACUGAGGAUCCGAUGAGAGGGUUGAUUCGAUAUAUAUCGCAGCUUUUCCACCCACAACCUAGAUAG